AUGUUUCUGCGCCUCCACCAACGUUGGCCGUGGCGGAACUAUGGACCGUGGCGCGGACGAUGGCUGCUGCCUGCGAGGGACGCAGGGACGCCAGCGUGCAGGAAACAGGUGUCUGUCGUGGAGCAGUCGCGUCAAUCAGUGCUCGACUGGCGAUUCAAUAGACUGCUCCAGGCAGGUUUCUACGGACUCGGCUCCCUGCUGGCGUACGGUCGAGCACCGGCAGUGCGCUGGACAAGCAGCGGCAGCGUACCGCAGCGUGAAGCCCCCAUUAUCGCCAAAACGCUGCAGCCCGUACAACCUACUGGAACUACCGCAGAUGCUGGCAAGAGUACGUCGGAAGGAGAGCCCUGGGCGAGUCUCGGGAGCUCGAGUGCACCCACUGCAGAGCUGCUGGCGCUCGAGAUUCGCGCCGAGUCCCCGCACGCCUUCAUCCAGCGACGACUUGCAAAGGCACUACUCGCUGCUCGGCUUCGCUUACCGUUGCGUGACUUGCGCGUCGUCGAUCCAGCGUUCCGGAAUGAAGCUCCAGUCGUGCUCGCCCGACAGAGCGCAAUCGUGAUUCACCUCGAACACAUCCGCGCUGUGGUCGAAGCUGAUCGGGUCACGCUGUUCGACCCCGAGCAACCCGCAGUCGAGGCGUUCCUCCCGCAGCUGCACGCUCGCCUGGCACUGUCGAGUCCGCGUCCCGCGUUGCCGUUUGAGCUGCGAGCUUUGGAAUCCAUCCUGGUGGAUGUCUGUAACAGCCUCAUGCGUGAGAUGCGGUAUCUGGUUCCUGGCAUUGAGUCCUUGCUUAGAGCGCUCUCCAGCGACGACGUUGCGGGAGCGACUGCCUCAGCGGCCGCUGCUGCGGAUGCCAGCACCACACCGAACAGUACCGCUGGCGAUGCCUCCUCGAUCCCACCUGAUGUGAUCAUGCUCGAUCGUUUGCUUGGUGCCAAGAACAAACUGAACGAAUUACAGAAUCGGGCGACCCAACUGCGCAACGCAUUGAAUGAGGUGCUACUUAGCGACGAGGAUAUGUCAGAGAUGUAUUUGAGUACCAAAGCGGAGAGCGGUCAUCGACGACGUGUUGAUCAGCACGAGGAGGUAGAGAUGAUGUUUGAGAACUACCUCAAACAAAUCGAUAGUUUGGUUUCAGAGAUUGCCUCUCGUACGCAAGCGAUCCAGAGUACCGAAGACUUUGUGCAGAUCAAACUGGAUGCGCUGAGGAAUCGCAUUUUGCGGCUGGAUUUGGUUUUGAAGCUGGGCUCGGUAUCUUUGAGCUCGGGUGCGCUGGUAGCCGCCAUAUUUGGGAUGAACCUGCACAGCACGCUGGAAGAGAGUCAGCUCGCGUUCUUGAGCGUCACUGGCGGCCUCGUGGGUAUAAGCGGCCUUGUGUUUCUCGGUGGUGCUGCGUACUGCCGCUAUAAACGUUUACUGUAA